ACAAUCAAGCAGUCAAUCAAAAGCGUAGAAUACAAUAAUAACAAAGUAAAUUGAAUUGCAGUGUCCAUCCAACUUCCGCUCAACUAGAAUCACCAUUACUUGAGUAUUCACUUGCAACACACCAAAGGAUACUUCAAAAUGUUGACAAACAGCAGGCGAAGCAACCAACUAUCGAACCAGAAACAUAAAAUGCAACAACACCCUUCAACAUCUUGCUAUUAUACACGCAAUCCGUUACUAAUAGCGGUCACAUUUGGGUUGCUGCAUUUGUUUGCACCGGCCAGUGCUUCCGUGCAUCCGGUGCUGACAUACACAAAUGCCUCCACACAGCUGGGCCAAUUGGUCACCUCCAGCACUUUAGUCUGGGAGACGUACGACCCCAAGGAUCCGAAGCAACUGAAAUUUGCAGUCGAAGGCGGUAAAUACAUUACCAACGACGAACACUAUCCGAUCUAUGUGUGUCGUGUGGCCAUCGAGGGCAUCACCACAAGCGGCCAUACGGAGAAGAUACUACAAUCGCAUGUUUGCGUGGCGGCACACUAUAAACAUGGCAAAUACGAGCAGUUCGAUGUGUUGGUGAAUAAGGGACACCUUGGCAAGAUUAUGUGGAAGCAUUGGCGCAAAUUCAAUGCUGGCAUCCCUAUUGGUGCCAUACGCAUUGGUGAGGAUGACUACAUUGGACGACACAAGGCACCGCCAAUGGGUGAGAGCGGCACUGAGCAUCGUGGUGCCGAUUACAACUUGGGUCGUUUGGAUCCUUUGGGUUUGGGCAAAAUUAAGGUGAUUGAGAAUGGUACCGACAGAGAGUUUGAUGAGGGUGAAGUGUUGGUGGAGACCGAACCGUUCCGUUAUGAGCUGAGAGACAUUAAGUUGGACAGUAUACGUUUGGAUAUGCGCGAAAACAUUACUGAUUUGGCAUCCAGCGUGUUGGCUAAUCGUGGUGAUAUGUACAUCCUAGUAGAGUCAGUGAUGACUUAUGAAUUCGAUCAUGUGCAGUACUGGGGCUCACACGAGGGCGUGGCGCGUGGAUUACCCACAAAAGUCUACGAGAAAGAUGCUGUUGUACCAGCCGAAAUCAAAUGGGGACUGAAAUAUGUAGAGAAACGCUCCGAAACGAAGUCCGUGCAUACAAAACUCUGGCCUGGUACAGCUCUGAAUGUGACACUCAAGGGCAACUAUGUGACGCUGGAAGCGCCCUACACCGCCAAACUGUAUGCCUUCUAUUAUGGCAUUGACGACAGCGUGUCACGAAAGAUCACAGCGGAGGUGCGCAAGAGCUACUUGAAGGAUGUCAAACUCCAUUUCAGUCCUGUCUAUUGGAUUGAGAAUGGCACCAUUGUACCCACCACAACCACAACUUCGACCACAUCCACUUCCACCACCACAAAUCCAACCACCACUAGCCACGAACCGGUGCCUAUGCACGAGCCGCCAGUGGUGCAAUUGAAGGACGUUGGCGUAACGCAUUCGGGUCCCGAUUCUUUGGAGAAAUCGUUGCACGACUCACCAAGCAGCAAUGAAAUUCCCAGUGAUGUACCCGAGAAUUUAGCUGCCGAACAACAGAAGCCAUCAUUGGCUGGCAUAGCGGCAACAGGUAGUGGGCAACAAAUACAACAACAAAAGUACACGCUGAUGACAACGCUGAGUGCGGUGACGCUAUGGGGGCUAAUGACGAUGCGACGCAUUUAGAUUGGCAUGACUACACCUCCAACGAGUGUUUGUCGGUAGGAGGCAAAGUAGGCGAGAGAGUUGAGCAGCUGAGUGGUUGGAUUGAGCAGCUUUCUGCGUGUGGUGUUGUAGGCUUAAGCGAUUUAAAUGAAAUUUUGCAUAUGAUUUGCAAGCGUGAUGCGCCUGCAGUUGGCUAGAGCGUGUCCAUUUUUUUUUUUUUCAAUAAUUUUUUUAAGCUUCGUAAAGGAGUAUUGUAAUUAAAAAAAACCCCUUUCUUCGAGUUUGUUUUUGUUUGUUAGCUAUUUGUAUUUUUUGAGCGACAAAAAAAUUGAAAUCAAAAAAAAAAAAAAAAGUAUGGGCAAAGAAAAAACAAUAAGCAUAAAGCAAAGAGGAAUACAAUAAAUAAUGGAAUUUUCUAAAAAUUAUAAUGAAUGAUGAUAAUCAAUAAGUAAAGAAAAUGUGAAAAAUCCCAACUUGUCUAAACGAGGGGUUAAACAAAAUGUAACAAAAAUUGUAAUGGGCAUAAAUUGAAUUAAGCGUAGAGUUUAGCGUUAGUGUUUAGUUGUUGUUGUACCUGUUUUAACCGUCUGCAAAUUGUAUAGCGCAAGUGAAGCAAAAUGUGUACUCGUAUUUCUAGAUAUGCAGGUGAAGAGUAAGUGAAAAGCAAAAGCAAAAGCAAAGUAAAGUUAAGCAAAAGCAAAAGCAAAAGCAAAGCAAGCCAACAGAAUAUGAAAUGCAAAUAAAACUGAAAUAAAGAAACAAUAGUUAAAAAAAUACAUAAAAAAAAAAAUAAGAACAAAUGCAAAGAUGCUAAUAACAGCAAUUUUUGAAUUUUGAAAAUGCUUUUGAAGACGGUUUGGAUAGGCUAAAUACAUAUACACAAGUAUAUAUAAUGUAUACAUAUGUAUGUAUGUAUGCAAAACAAAGCAGUUGAGGGCAAACGAGAAUUGGCUGCUGAAGCAAGUGAAUAGUGUUUGUAUUUAUUUACGAAAUUAGCGCUAAGUUACAUUAUUGUAUAUUAUAUUUAGUAGUAAUAAAUGAAGUAAAUACAAAAACCAACUAAAUAAAACUAAAAAAUACGUAUAAUUACCACUUUGAGUUAAGCGAGAACGAAAAAAAACAAAAAUUAACAAACAUUUGUUCGAAAGAUUUGCUUUAUAAGAAGAAUUUUCUAAUUACAAACUGAGUUGCAACAUUCCUGCAUUUUCUAAAAGUAUGCUAUUUUUCAGUUUUUAUCGUUGCCAAUAAAAUUUCUGUGAAAAAAAUGCAAAAUAGGUUUAAUUUGCAAGUGGUUAUAGAUUAUUUUUAUUUGUUUUAAUUGUUUUUCAUUUCGCUGCUAAGAGAAAAAUCCACUACAACAUGUCAAACAGUCAUCUAGUACUUGGUUUUUAUAGAAAGUGUAAAUCUGCUUUCACUCCCUUCCAAAGCUGAGGCGCGUUUCACACUCAAGUGAAGUGAAGUUUUUACGCCGCGUAAUGCUUUUCUUUUCUGGUGACUUCCUUCAGUAGGUAGUAAAAACAAAACAAAACGGCGCGUUAAUAAAUUCGACAGUUAGAUUGCUUGCAGUGUAAUCUAGAUUUGUAAACGUCAAAGAAUUGCCACUGCAGCAGCGAGUUUUGUGCUGUUCGAAUG